AUGGCUAUGGCGGUGGCGCAGCACAGAGAGAGCAGCGGCGGGAGCAUCAACAAUCACCUUUGCGCUGAUACCGGCAAGUAUGUGCGGUAUACAACCGAGCAGCUGGAGGCGCUUGAACGGGUAUAUGCUGAGUGUCCCAAGCCGAGCUCUCUGCGUAGGCAGCAAUUGAUCCGGGAAUGUCCCAUUCUUUCCAACAUCGAGCCCAAGCAGAUCAAAGUUUGGUUUCAAAACCGCAGGUGUCGAGAGAAGCAGCGAAAGGAGUCUUCAAGGCUGCAGACUGUGAAUCGAAAACUGUCAGCAAUGAACAAGUUGUUAAUGGAGGAGAAUGAUCGACUGCAGAAGCAGGUGUCUCAAUUGGUGUGUGAGAAUGGCUAUAUGCGGCAACAGUUGCACACGGUUAACGCAUCUGGAGCAACUGAUGCAAGUUGUGAUUCUGCAGUUACCACUCCGCAGCAGCAUUCGAUGAGAGACUCAAAUAACCCUGCUGGACUUCUCUCCAUAGCGGAGGAGACCUUGGCAGAGUUCCUUUCAAAGGCUACAGGAACUGCUGUCGAUUGGGUCCAGAUGCCUGGGAUGAAGCCUGGUCCGGAUUCGGUUGGGAUCUUUGCAAUUUCACAGCGUUGUAGUGGAGUGGCAGCUCGAGCCUGUGGUCUUGUAGGUCUAGAGCCUACAAAGAUUGCGGAGAUCCUGAAAGAUCGUCCAUCUUGGUUCCGGGACUGUCGGAGCCUUGAGGUUUUCACCACGUUUCCAGCAGGAAAUGGUGGAACAAUUGAACUUGUAUACACUCAGACAUAUGCUCCAACAACUCUGGCUCCUGCAAGGGAUUUCUGGACUCUAAGAUACACUAAAAGUUUAGACAACGGCAGUCUUGUGGUUUGUGAAAGAUCUCUUUCUGGUUCCGGCGCUGGCCCGAAUGCAGCUGCUGCUGCUCAGUUUGUGAGAGCUGAAAUGCUUCCUAGUGGUUAUUUAAUUCGACCAUGUGAUGGUGGAGGCUCAAUCAUCCAUAUUGUUGACCAUUUAAAUCUGCAGGCUUGGAGUGUACCCGAGGUAUUGCGAUCUCUGUACGAAUCAUCCAAAGUAGUGGCCCAGAAGAUGACAAUUGCUGCACUGCGUUACAUCAGGCAAAUAGCUCAGGAGACAAGUGGUGAGAUUGUGUAUGGUUUUGGCAGGCAGCCCGCUGUUCUGAGAACUUUUAGCCAAAGAUUAAGCAGAGGGUUCAAUGAUGCUGUUAAUGGGUUCAACGAUGAUGGCUGGUCAUUGAUGAAUUGCGAGGGUGCCGAAGAUGUAAUAAUUGCUGUUAAUACAACCAAGAAUUUGACCACUUCUAACUCGAUCAAUUCUCUUUCAUUCCUUGGAGGGAUUCUUUGUGCAAGGGCUUCCAUGCUGCUUCAGGAUGUUCCUGCCGUAGUGUUAGUUCGCUUUUUAAGGGAGCACCGGUCAGAGUGGGCUGAUUUCAACGUUGAUGCCUAUUCUGCUACAUCGUUGAAGGCAUGUUCUUAUGCCUAUCCUGGUAUGAGGCCCACGAGGUUUACUGGGAGCCAAAUUAUAAUGCCACUUGGCCACACUAUUGAACAAGAAGAGAUGCUUGAAGUUAUUCGACUUGAAGGUCAUUCCCUGGCACAGGAAGAUGCUUUUGUAGCAAGAGACAUUCACCUCUUGCAGAUUUGUAGCGGAAUUGAUGAGCAUGCUGUGGGAGCCUGUGCUGAGCUUGUUUUUGCCCCAAUUGAUGAAAUGUUUCCUGAUGAUGCACCACUGCUCCCAUCUGGCUUCCGCAUCAUCCCACUAGAUUCAAAAUCAGGGUAUGCCCAGGAUACAAUGACUACGCAUCGCACUCUUGAUCUCACUUCCAGUCUUGAAGCGGGCCCUGCGACCAACCCAUCUUCAGGAGAUGGUUCACCAUCUCAGGGCAUGCGAUCUGUGCUGACAAUCUCUUUCCAGUUCCCUUUUGAGAGUGGUCUACAGGAAAAUGUUGCCACAAUGGCACACCAAUAUGUCAGAAGUGUGAUUUCCUCUGUCCAGAGGGUUGCCAUGGCCAUAUCUCCAUCAGGAUCGAGCCCUGCUUUGGGACCAAAGUUAUCUCCAGGUUCACCAGAAGCUCUUACUUUAGCUCAAUGGAUCUGCCAGAGCUACAGUUACUAUUUAGGGGCAGAAUUACUGAGGUCUGAUUCUAUAGGUGGUGACUCGGUGUUGAAACAUCUUUGGCAUCAUCAGGAUGCUAUUUUGUGUUGUUCAUUGAAGUCGCUGCCAGUUUUCAUCUUUGCCAACCAAGCAGGGCUUGACAUGCUAGAGACUACACUGAUGGCUCUUCAAGACAUCACACUGGAUAAGAUAUUCAAUGAGCCUGGCCGCAAAUCAUUAUGUGCUGACUUUGCGAAGUUAAUGCAACAGGGAUUCACUAACUUACCUUCUGGAAUAUGCAUGUCGACAAUGGAUCGACAUGUUUCAUAUGAACGAGCGAUUGGAUGGAAGGUCCUUGCUGCAGAAGAGAACACUGUCCAUUGUCUUGCCUUCUCUUUUGUAAACUGGUCUUUUGUGUGACUUUCUAAAUUAUUCAUCCAAUGCCAGGUGCAAAAUUUUGCAAGAAAAAAAUCACAUUUUUGUCUUCCAGCUUCAGGUUUGGAUCUUCAAUUAUAUUAAUUUAAUUAAUUCUGUUUUUCCCUUAGCCGUGUAAAUAUCAUAUUAAUUAAGGUCUGUAAGUUGCCCUUCAUUUUCGUGGAAAUACUGAACAUUUAUUAAUUACUAGUAAAAGUAGGCUUCUUUUAUUA